AUGUGUGCAGCACUUGACAACAAUCCCUCUGGUGAACCAUCCGAUUUACUGCCGGUACAGCUGGAACAAUCGGCUUUUAAAGAAGUCAGGGGAGCAGGUGAAGCUGGAGAUGAAUGUGUGGAUGAGUCGCAGUCCACUUAUGAAAUGAAAAAUGAGCAGGCUGAUGUUAUACAAAAUAGUGAGGUCAGCUGCGCAGAAGCUCCGAAGAUGUCGCAGGUUUUAGCCGAACCAGCCCUAUGCAGUGCCGAUGUUGACAGCCCCCGUGCAGAAGAUGUAAAAAGUGACAAGGAGCUGAUCACAGAAGGAGAAACAAACAAACCAUCUGGCGACGAACUGUGCACUGAUUCAUUGGCAUUGGAAAAGGAGGAACAGCCUGAGGAGAAGGAGAGGAGCGGGCCUGAUGAAGAAGGGGAGGAGGCGGAAUUAGUGGAAAAUGCGAGCGACGAUUCGACAAAUGAAUACGAAACGAUGGAAGAAAUUGAAGAGGCUCGUGCGGCUUCGGUGGUAACAAGCACACACGAUAUAUCCCGUGAUUCGGGUGUGAAAUAUCUCACUGAGAGCGAGCGCCAACUUGGCAGGGUGAAGCCGAUUUGGAUUGCUGACAAGGAAACAUUAUCCUGUAUGCUGUGUUGCACCAAGUUCACAGUUUUCCUCAGACGGCAUCACUGUAGGUGCUGUGGUCGAGUUUUAUGUGCUCAGUGCACUACGCGCAAGGUCAGUUGCGCUUAA